AUGACUUCAAUGGCAUCCGAAUCGGCAGCGACUAUUCUCAUCAACUGCAAGCAAACCCGCUUUCAUAUCGAAAGCCCAAAUUACCGGGAGCUGGACAUCGAUGGCUUGAACAUCACUGUCAAGUCCGCCGAGAAGAGCGCUGGGGCAACAAAGGCAAAGGGUAAAGCCAAAGUCAAGGGCGAGGGCACCGAGAUUCUCUCAGAUGCCAAGCUAAAGCUACAGGCGGGCCAGCGAUAUGCGUUACUGGGAAGAAAUGGCUCCGGAAAGUCCACGCUCUUAAAGGCGAUUGCCGAAAAGCUCAUACCGGGUAUUCCUGAGAAAACCCGCAUUUCUAUCCUGCAGCAGACCAGGGCGGACGAUGCUAAUACGGACAUGCCGCCCGGGGAGGGAGCUGGCGCGCAGCCUGACUCGCCCUCCACUGGAAGGACGGUUUUGGAAGAGGUCAUCGAGAGGGCUACGGCGAGGCACGAGGUCGAGCAAGAGAUUCGAGCUUUGUCUGCCGGCGUUAACUCAUCAGACCCAUUCGCGCCCGUCAGGGUUGCGAGGAAACUGAAGCACGAACGCCUCUUGAAGAAGCAGUUCCUCCUAGACAAGGACGCACGACUGAGAAGCGGCGCUCGAGGCUUACAGGCUAGGAAGGCACUGAUUGCCGGAGAAAAGGCCGUGGCGGAGUCCGCUGCACUGUAUAUCACCCCCGAAGAACAAGCAAAAUCUAUAACAUCCAAAUCGCUAACGCUUAAGACUCUUAGUUUGGAGCAGCCCGGUGAUGAAAUCGCGGCCGAUGCUCUACAGGCGGAGACCCAAGAGGCGGUGGAUAUGCUCGCCGAACUCCAGCUUCAAGUGGAGCCGUCUCGAAUCUCGGACAUUGAGGCGAAAGCUAAGAGGAUUUUGACCGGUUUAGGUUUUUCCGAAGCUUACAUGGCCAAACCCGUAGCCAGCCUUUCGGGAGGCUGGCGGAUGAGAACCGCACUGACUGCCGCCCUACUACAGGAGACUGACAUUCUCAUCCUCGACGAACCUACCAACUUCCUGGAUCUUCUUGGAAUCAUAUGGCUCCAGCGCUAUCUCCAAUCCCUGCAAGACACGGCGGAUCCGCCGACCCUUAUCCUGGUGUCGCACGACAGAGACUUCAUCUCUCUUUGCACAGAUCUCAUGAUUCUCAAGGAAAAACAAAUCACCUACUUCCACGGCGACCUACCUAGCUACGAAGCUGCGCAAACAGACCGAAAACUCUGGCUCACCAAGAUGAAGGAGGCGCAAGACCGCCAGCGCGCCCACAUGCAAAAGUCCAUCUCCAACAAUAUCAAGGCGGGCAAAGCAAACGACGACGACAACAAACUACGGCAGGCCAAGUCACGACAGAAGCGUCUCGACGACCGCAUGGGCAUGAGCGUCAACGCGAAGGGCCAGAAGUUGAAGGUGAAUCGGGACUUGGUGGGGUACUUCACGUCGGCGCGUGAGGAGAUUGAGGUGCCGCAGGAUGAUCGCGGGGUUACGAUUGUGCUGCCGGAGCCGACGGAUUUGCGGUUCCCGGGGUCGCUGAUUUCCUUGGAUAAUGUUUCCUUUCGGUACGGUGGUGCGUCGAGGCUGAAGUCGCAGCAGCAGCCCCUUGUCUUGGAGGAGGUAACGCUUUCUGUGGGAAUGGGCGAUAGGAUUGGCAUCCUGGGGCUCAACGGUGCUGGCAAAUCGACGCUUAUCAAGCUACUUGUCAAUGAGACGAACCCGACUAAAGGCACGGUAAACACGCAUCCGCGUCUCAAGCUCGGCUACUACUCCCAGCAUGCCGUGGAAGAACUACAAGCCAUGGGCCGCAAGGACCCUGCCCUCACGGCUCUCGCGCUGCUCUCUAAGGAGGUUGAAGGCGAGCUGGAUGAGGGCCAGGUGAGGGGCCUGUUAGGUUCUCUAGGCCUGCCGGGCCGCAUUUCGUCCGACGUCCCCGUCGCAAAGCUCUCUGGUGGCCAACUUGUACGCCUGCAACUCUCGAGACUCCUCUGGAAGCAUCCGCACUGCCUCGUUCUCGACGAGGUGACGACGCAUCUCGACUACGAGACCGUCACGGCGCUACGAGUGGCCCUACGCUACUGGGAGGGUGCAGUCGUGCUGGUCAGUCACGACAGGUGGUUCAUGAGGGGUGCGGUGGAGAAUGUCAUCGAUGAGGAGGAUGGCGAUGGUAGUGAUGCGGAUGGGGAGGAUGAGGCGGAGCAGAAGAGGAGGCGGGUUGUUUAUAGAUUGCGGGCGGGUAAGCUGACGGUGUUGGAGAAUGGUGUGACGCAGUUUGAAGAGGCUCUGGAGAAGCGAGUGAGGAAGUUGUUGAAAUGA